AUGAUGCCACCAAUGCGUGUUGCACUAUGCCUACUGUUUACGCUGUACUUCGCUAUAUCACCUGUUGCCGCUCAAAAUCCGCUUAUGGACGGGUAUGAUGGUCUGAAGAGAACUCAAAUCGAUGAGGACCACCCCAUCCAUCAUCUGAUGCCGGAUCCCGCGGAGAACCCGGAGCUGUACCUUCCACUCAAGUGCUCUGCGUGUGGUGCUGUCGUAGAACAGGCGGUCUAUCUCCUGCGCAACGUCAUUGCUCGGCAUUUGGUCCGCAAGGAGCGCGCCGCACGGAGCGGUGGGCAAGCGUCGCGCAGUGAGCGGCCAAAGGAGUACGAGACGGUUGACGCAUUGGAAAACCUCUGCCGCCAGGUGGGACAGGAGUACGGAGUGGAGCUGCGUGAGGAUGGCCUUCCAUCGCUAUUCUUCUCCAGGAGCCACAUUGUGGAACGCGUUAGUGGGGGGUGGAUGCCGCUUUUCCUCGCCUCCACCUGCGAGGAGCUGCUGGACGAGCGGGAGGAGCAGCUCAUAUCCGCCAUCUUUUCAGCGGCGGAGGAGGUUGAGAUAAAUGAGGUUGCGAAACGUGCGCGGGAGUUGGUAUGCACGCGAUGGGAGCGCUACUCUAAGGGCUGUGAUUCACGUGGCGUGCCGAUAGAUCCGAGACCAAUGAAGUCGGCAGACCUCUAA